UGAUUGCAGUGAAACUUCAAAAACACGCUGCACUAAAAGGUAAACAUUGCAAUGAGCGAAGUAGACGCCGUUGCAAAAGAGCUGGACUUUAAAUUAGUUGUAACGAAAAAAGGAAAGCAUCGUAGGAAAGUAAGAAAAAGCCCGCCAACACUUUUGCACCAGCUUGCCGAUCCAGAACGCCCGAAAGAAUUCUGCAGGAAUAGAGUAAUCACACAAUUGCAGGCGGCCGAGGCGGAUAUUUUACAGUCUGAGUUUUUCCGGGAGUGUUUGGAAAGCGUCCAACCGGUGCUAACCGGUGUAGAGAACAUCAUUUGUCUUGGGCUCGGCAAUUUUUACGAGUGUGUUACUGCACGGUACCAGCUAGCGUUUAUUCGCUGUUUGCGGAAACAGACGAAUCUCGACGUCAGAGGACAAUUUUUCGACCCAGUGUUUAGCCGCCCGGAGGUGGACACGCUGCGCGCUCUCGAGGAGAUAGUACUGCACGAGAAUCUUGAGGGCAAGUAUAGUGCCGAACGGAAGACACUUUUCUUCCUGCCACACUGUCCGAAGCAAAUUGUAAACAAUUUGCUGUGGAAGAAUUGGAACCCACAUCGUUUGGCAAACGUUGUCCUUCUGUGCAACAGCUUUAGCACCGUGGUGAAUAAUAACCCCGAUCGAUUGCUACGACGCAACGCCGGUUACAUCCUACGAGCGGCAGAUUUGUUUCGGGAAAUUCCCCUUCGCAAUAGUUUUCGCUUUGCGGACAUAUUCAACGAUACUUCACUCCAUUAUCUUUGCGACAGCGGGCUAAAAGCUCCCAUCGAUUGGGAUUGUGCUGACGAACCGUCGUACGAACAAGACGAUCUAGAGCUCAUAUCCAAGGAGGUUGUAGCAGCUCUUGAAUUUGUAUAA